AUGCAAGCCUUCAAAUACCUUGGUAAAUUGCAAGAUAAGCGUGUCCUCGUCUUCGGAGGGACCUCUGGGAUAGGCUACGCUGUCGUUGAGGCGCUACUAGAGCAUGGAGCACAAGUUACCAUAUCUGGAUCCAAGUCUGAAAAGCUGGGCAAUACCAUCAAGCGUCUCCGCUCAUCUUAUCCAGACCUAAAAGAUGGUCAAAUCAGCACCUCUGUAUGUGACUUGACCGGCUCUGAAGGCUUAGAAGCCAGAAUCCGAGAGACGCUCCAUGUUGCCUCGAAAGGUGCAGAGCAAAAGAUUGAUCACAUUGUCUUCACCGCUGGGGACAGAGUUGACGUUGCCGGGGGAAUCACAGGCACUGAUAUCCACGUCAUCAACUCCUUGAUGGGCGUACGAGUCUUUGCCCCGGCCUUGAUAGCCAAGGUCAUCGCCACAACUGACUACGUGAAUAAAUCAGCAACGACAUCAUUCACUUUCACCUCGGGGACUGCCCAUAUUCGGCCUCGCCCUACUUGGCCCAUGGUGGCCAUGCUUUCCGGUGCAUUACAAGGUCUCGCUCGAGGACUAGCUAUUGAACUCGCCCCUAUUCGCGUGAACGUGGUGAAUCCCGGAUUCGUUGAGACGGAACUUGCAAGUGGGCGGCCAGCUGAGUUUCUGCAAGAGGUCAAGGAAUCCACUUUGACGAAAAAAUUGGGGAAACCAGAGGAUAUUGCCGAGGCUUAUUUGUACUUUAUGAAGGAUGCUUCAGUAGAUGGCACUGCCAUUGUUUCUGAUGGUGGUAAGACUUUGUCAGGUUGA